GUCAUUGCAUUUAUCGAGCCUUGGCCCGUUUUUCAAUAGACGACAUCUUCCGCGUCUCAGAUUCGUCUCCAAAAUCAAUCUCCGAUUGUAUCCCUGAAAUAUUCAGACUAGAAUAACAAUGCUGUAAAAUUUUGCUCCAUUGAAUCUGAUUUGAUAUUUUUAAGGCACUAUUGGACUCACUUCAGGGCUAGCAAGCUCAGAGUAAGGUGGUAAAAUAAAAACAGAUGAAGCCGAGACUGGUGCAAUCUUUGCCUUCUACAUGUACAUGUACUGUACAGUAUACACGUACAGUGUACAUCGUGAUACAGUACUGCUAAUGAAUAUGACCUCCGUCCGAGGGUAUAUCCUCGCAAACCCUUACUUCAAUAACUAGCGUUUCCCUCAGUACCUUCUCGUAGGGGUGUCUUGCACAAAUCAGUGAAAGGGAAACCAUCAGCAUGGGAGAAGGAGGCAAUGAAAACAAGUUUGGGAAGAAGCAAUUUCAGGAGCAUGGCCCCAAGACUAGCGCCAAGAAAUGGACUGACAGGGACAACAACCCAUGCGUAGCAGAAGCUGAUGCAUCCUACAAGUGUCUCCAUGAAACUAACUUUGACAGGAAGUCAUGCCAGACAUAUUUUGUCAAUUACCAAAACUGCCAACGAUUUUGGAUGAACAUUUCAAAAGAGAGGCGGAGACUUGGGAUAAAACCAUCACUUCCACCUCCUGAGGAAAGGGACAGAAUACUGCAGGAGAUGGGAUAGGAACUAUGGUACAUGUACUGGCAAGGGAUGUCACAUUGAUGUUCUGCCGGACACUUUACGGACAAAGGGCUUUGGAGGAUGCCUUACAUUAUCAGCAGAGACUCUAAAUGGAGUGAACUUGAGGGUGCCAUUUUUAUAUCAAAGGGGAGACUUUUGAGAUCCUUUAUGGCAGCAAAUACACCUGUCUCAUAUGACCAGUCAACUAUUGUGUGCGUCACGUUUAAGCAUGCUAGAAAUGAUGCCAACAAGAGUGCACUGAUUGAUGAUGUAGGACUGGUAUGUUUACCAGGACCAAGAGUCUGACAAGUCUUCCAUUAGCUUGGCAUUCCUGGGGGAGUUGCUGUGUUGCUGACCUCAACUAUGGUAGUGUUUGUACUACAAAGCAUGGGCCAGUCGUUUGGAGAAUGUACAUGUUACUUUGUAGCAGGCCAGGGUUAAGUUGUCAUGAAGGCAAGUCAGGGGGGAAAAAAUCCAAUGUAUUCAACAAACGGUAACUUAAGGUUUACCUUGAUUUUUUUAUGAGGUACCUCACAGUUAAACCUUGAGUUAUCCCAUGUUUAAGUUUGCAUUCUCCCCAUAAUUCCCACUAAAAUUUAACCAUGACAAUAUAAAGUGGAAUAAACCAAAAUGAAUGAUGAAAAAAUUCA